UAACAAGUGGUUGUCCAUUGAGGAAGGGAUCAUAGAUAGAGUCCUGCCAGCCUGUGGUGCCGAGAAUAUCCGUGGUUUCAAGAGAAUGUUUAUGGAACAUGCCACGAGCCAAAUAACAGAUGAACACAUUUGGUUGUCUGUUUUAUUCCGACCAGUAAAAAGUAACUUCACCCGCGUUCAGCGUGUUGGCUGUUGUAUUACAUUGCUGUUUUUGUGCAUGAUUUCAAACGCCAUGUUUUUUGAAACCGGAGACAACAAGGACAGACAGAGGGCCUCGUCGAUUGAGCUGGGACCAAUCAAAUUUAAUCCGAGCCAGGUGUACAUAUCUUUAGUCUGCUCCGUUUUAACCGCAAUUCCUGUUUACGUCAUAAUGAUGUUGUUUCGGAAGUCGAAGCAAAAACCAUGGGAAAGGAAGAAGAAAAAGAUUCCCCAUUGGUUACCGAACUUUAUGCGAGAGAAACUGGAAUUCAGUCAGAAAUUGGAAGAUAUUUUGGUCAUAUCUGAUAAUAUUGCGAUAAAGGACGCCAUUUUACCGACCUGGUGUGUCUACAUUGGUUGGUUUCUGGUUUUUGUGGCCUCGUUUUUAGCGUGUUUCUUCAUAAUAUUGUACAGUAUGGAAUGGGGUAAAGAUCUAUCAGAAGAAUGGCUGACCACAUUCUUUCUUUCAUUCAUAGAAUCCUUGAUGUUUGUUGAUCCUUUUAAGGUUUUGUUUCUAGCUGUUAUAGCCGGGAUAUUGUUAAAAACACUUAAAAUAAAUCGACCAACUAAGUACGAUCUGAAGGAAAUUACAGACAUGACUACAAAACAUGGAAAAAUUAAAAUAGAAAGACGACAAACAUCAUCUUAUCAGCCAACACAAGAUCAAGAUUUCAAACAUAUUAAAGCACAGAAACUUCGAGAUAACCAGAUGAAGAAUGUGAUAAAGGAGUUAAUAUUGAAUAUCUUGUUCUUGUUCCUGUUGUCGUGUAUAUUGUAUAGUAAUCGUGAUACUCAGUCGUAUAAUCUACAUACAUAUAUACAAGAUAACUUCCUGGAUCCACCUAAACCAUAUCGUAUGUAUGACAAGGUUAUUCAAUCAAGUCAUUACUUUGAAUGGAUGAAUAAAACAGCACUGCCGGCAUUGUUUCCUGAAACAGACUAUAGGGGAAUUCGGAUGACAGCAACACAACGUCGGUUCUCUUACAACAGUGCCAAUCUGAAGGUGGGGCCGCCUAGAUUAAGACAAGUCAGAGCCAGAAUCGGUAAUUGUAGUUAUCCAUAUAUUGGUCAUACCACGUGUAUACCUGCCUACGAAGUCAUGGGGGAAGAUACGGGUAAUUAUUGCCCUACCUGGAAACCACAACCAUGUUCUGAUGCAGAAGAAAGUACCUUGACCAUCGAUGCCUGGAAGUUCACAUCGGCUACCAGUAUCUGGGGAGCUCCAAUAGCUGGCUUGUUAACUCUAUAUGGCGGUGGAGGAUAUAUUGCUAACUUAGACGUCAACAAGAUUGUCUCAACAGAAUCGUUAAAUGAGAUUUUUAAGAAUCGCUGGAUUGAUAGACAAACGCGAGCCGUCUUCUUUGAGUUCACCCUCUACAAUAUAGACAUAAACAUGUUCGUCUACGUCAGCAUCUUGACGGAGUUCCCCGAAACAGGCGGAGUGGUCACUUAUGAAAACAUUUUCCCCUUCCGACCAUCGCAACACGAAGGAACACUUGGCAAGUUUAUUCUAGUUUGUGAGAUCGUCACGAUGGUAUACAUCGCCGUCAGUGUAAUCCUGAUGGGUAUAAGGUUCGCCAAGCAGAAGUGGUUGUUCUUCUCCAAGUUCUGGAACAUAGUGGAAUUCAUAAUGGUUGGUGUUUCACUGGUUGCCAUGGUUUUCUAUAUUCUACGCAUCCAAUACACAAGUCAGGCUUUAGCAGCCUUUGAGGAAAAUGACCGGGAAUUUGUCAAUUUUUACCAUGUUGUGAUUUGGGACUAUGCCUUCGUUUAUGUUUUAGGUGUGCUAGUAACCAUAGCAACGCUGCGUUUAUUGAAGGCAAUGGCGUACACAGACAUAACGUUCAAGGUAUUCAGUGUACUGGGACAGACCAUUAAGGUUUUCCCGGGCUUUGCCACAUUCAUUGGCAUCAACCUCUUAAGUUUCUCCUCGGCUGGAUAUUUCCUUUUUGGCCGCACUGGAGAUCCAUACAAGUCGGUGAUCACGUGCAUGGAAACUAUGUUUGUAGGGCUGAUGGGAGAUCCGACGUUCAAGACGACUGGAGCGGAAGUAGCAAUGAGUCACAUGGAAACUAUAUAUUUUAGUUUAUUUGUUAUCGGGGUAACGAUUCUACUUACCAAUCUGUUUCUGGCCAUUUUAAUGGACGUGAUGAACAGGUCUAUCGAAGAUCCGCCAUCUAAACAGGAAGUUGAUAUGAAUGUGUUCUCCUACAUGUGGCAGUCAAUGACACGCGUCAUUACAGGAAAACAACCAGAUUACACCUAUCGCUACAAGGAAGAAAAUGACGUUACAAGAGAAGACGAUCAACAAAUGACAUACGUCACAGAAUAUAAGGACCCAUCUAAGCUUUCUAUGUCUCUGUUAAAUAUCAAACAGUUUGAAACUAAACGUCCAUUCGACCAGAAAAUGAGCAUCUAUGAAAAAUUAUCAUCUCUCAAUGGUACGAUCGAAUAAUAUGAAAAUUGAGUAAUAUUUUUAUUUUUAAUUACUUUGGGGUUUUUAAAUAUGAUAUUUGGCUGUUUAGAUUUCUUUGGGUUUUUUUUAAAUAUGAUAUUUGGGUGUUUGGAUUUUAAAGAUAGGUUCCCAGAAAAGUAUUUAUCGGGUGGUUAUUUCCAUUAAAAGUAUGGCAAUUUUGGUAUAUAUUGAAAGUAGAGAUAUCCAAUCUUACUAGAAAAAUACUGGAUUCCCUGACAAACAUCCAUGGAGGUAUACAGGACAAAAAUGUCAGGGUUCCCCUAAUAGACAGCCCGCGGAGAUUGAGCGCUUGAUGUACAAGUUGAUAAACUUUAUGAAGAAUUAGACGUACAAUACUUUCUGAGAUAAAAAUCACGGAAAAGGACACGGGCAGUGGAUAAUCCGAGAAUUUAAGUAGGAUUCGAUAUUUGUAAUAAAAAGUCAGCGAUUAAAGACAACAUCGUCUUGUGUAUACAAUGAAUUCUCCUCCGACUUCGCACCCGUAAGUCACGUGACACAAACAUGACCUCUUUUGAUCGAUUUUUUUAUAGCAAGGGUAUUCCUUGACAAUUACAAUAUUUUGAGAAGGAUUUGAAGCAGAUUUAUGAUAAAUUAAUUAGUUUGAUAUGUUUUUAGGCCAAAUAUAUCAUCAAAUCACCCUUUUUUGUACACGGGAAUGUAUCUUUAAAGAAAAUCUAUGCUUUUUGCUUGCUGCUUCUUCAAUUUGUGAAUUAUUUUUACAAUCUGUUUAAGGCGAAUGUUAUUUAAAUAAUACUGCUGUAGAUAAGGCGCACUGGAAACUCACAAUGUUAAUGUUAUGUUAACAAAGCAACGUUACUGAUCAAUUUACAAGAUUUUGGGUGAAUGGAAAUCUUUUACAACACGGAAUCAGUAGAUAAGACGCACCGAAUUCUCACAAUUGAAUUGUCUGAGCUAGCUAUUAGUUAUGUUAUUACAUACGACGCACUGAAGUCUGAGAAUAUUAAUGUAAUGUAUCGAAGGGAAAUAAAAAGGGUGUUUAAGGUCUCGCUGUUCUGCUCAUGCUGGGCUAAUGAAGCAUGGUAUACGCCAUUCAGUUUGCUGGGGGGGGGGGGGGGGCAACGUCGC